AUACACUACACUAGGCCUAUAGUAUACACUAAACAAUGUAGGCUACUAAAUAAGCCUACCUAGCUAAACAGCAUAGUACACUGUAUAGAAUACACUGCAUACUAUGUACUGCACUAUAUGCUAUACUGCCACAAAAAGUCCACCCUGUAAUAUGAUAUGUGGACGUUCAUUAUGGCUACUAGGCACAGUACGCAGUGUGUUAUGGUCAUGGCUACGGCAGAUUAUAAAGGCUAAAGGUGGAAAGACUGGAAGACACCCGACUGUGCAGUUGACAAACAGCUGCCAUCUUUCCGACAGUGUCAUUCAGGCCGGGCGGACCGGUCUGCUCUGCUGCACCUCCUGAAUAAUGAAUGAGUGACGCGCACAUUGCGGCUCGCUCUGCGGCUGAGAGGGGGGCGGGCUCGCGCAUGCAUUAUGACGCGGCGGUGACGCGCAUGCAGGAGUUUUAAUCCUCUGCCGCAGCAGCAGAUCAGCCGGUAACGCGAGGAGGGGGAUGCGCGGUCGGUCGGACGGACGGACGGAUAAAACGGCUAAAAAAAGCCGCAGACAAUUAAAUCCGCGAACAAUAUUUAUAGUGUGCAAAAAGGUGACCGACUCGACCGAAAGCUCCUCCUCUCUCGCUCCACACAGGCUUUAGGAAGUUACAGGACACUGCGCGUCUCUUAUUGUUCCUGACCAGGCCUGGGAAUACGAGAGCUGCGCUGUUUUGACGCAAUUAAAUGGGUGAUUACGGGUUCGGCUUGUUGCAGACAGCGAACAUCAGCAGCAGCAGCAGCAGCAGCUCCACACUGUUCGGCGGAGGCGCGUUCACACCCUACUCCAGCCCGUCCCCGGUGUGCCCGAGCAGCUCGCCUCUGGUGUCCCCUCUUUUCCCGUCACAUCAGCGCAACAUGCAGGAUGAGCCUGCGGGGUUGACAGCUUCUCAGUCCAGCGAGCAGAGCCGUUUCUCCGCUGUAGGUCACGCACAGACAGCCGGUGACCUUCAGCACGACCGGAACAUACAUCAGCAGGCUGAGCCGCCGCAGCAGCAGCCGUACUCCUCCUCCUCCUCCUCCUCCUCCACGGGCCUGGACACCGAUGCGCCAUCGUCCAAGGUGAAGAUCCCGAUGGAGUCCCCCAGCGCACACCACAUCAACAACGGCACCGGCGGCAAUAACAUGCUCGCGGCCGCGUUCCCGGAGAUGCAGAACCCCGGGGGCGGCGGCGGCGGCUCAGCUUCUCCCACCCUGCCCGCUUUCGGAACGCCGUGGUCGGUGCAGACGAGCUCCCCUCCUCCGCCCGUCUCCAAUUCCGCGAACGCAAUAAACCCUAUCCCCACCACCGAGCCUGACAACUUCUACCCAGGCAUCCCCUCCUCCAUCAACCCCGGCUUCUUCCAGAGCUUCUCGGCCAACCCGUGCCCGGUGCAGGGGUUUAGCAGCCCCUUUCCCCCGCAGAUCAACGUGCCCCCGCAGCCGCCGCAGAGCCGCCGGUCCCCGGUCAGCCCGCAGAUCCCCCCGCAGCAGGGCGCGUUCCUGCAGCAGAGGAACAACUACAACCACCACCACCAGCCCAUGAUGAAGCAGUCUCCGUGGGGCAGUCAUCAGGGCAGCGGCUGGAGCUCCGGAGGGAUGUCCUGGGGCAGAGACCACCGGCGCGUGCCAGGCUCACUCAACCAGAUCUCUCCCAUGAAGAAGCCCUUCUCCAGUAACGUCAUUGCUCCGCCCAAGUUCCCCCGCUCCGCUGGCUCGCUGGGACCCAAAUCCUGGAUUGAAGAAAACAUGUUCCGUACGGACAACAACAGCAACACGCUGCUGCCCCUGCAGGAUCGGUCCAGGAUGUAUGACAGCUUGAACAUGCAUUCGCUGGAGAGCUCCCUGAUCGACAUCAUGAGGGCGGAGCAGGACCCUCUGAAGGGCCGUGUGGGAUGUCCCCACCCCGGCGCUGACGGCCUACUCAUGCUCAAUGCGAGGAGCUAUGGGAGACGACGAGGACGCUCCUCCCUCUUCCCUAUUGAUGACGGUCUCCUAGACGAUGGCCAUGGCAACCAGGGGGUGCUGGGCUCUCCUCACUGUUACCCUCAUCAGAAUGGGGAGCGCAUUGAGAGGUUCUCCCGCAAGGUGUUUGUGGGCGGCCUGCCCCCUGACAUCGACGAAGAUGAAAUCACAAGCAGUUUUCGCCGCUUUGGUCACCUGGUUGUUGAUUGGCCACACAAAGCAGAGAGCAAGUCUUACUUCCCACCUAAAGGUUACGCCUUCCUCCUGUUCCAAGAGGAGAGCUCAGUGCAGGCCCUGAUCGAAGCCUGUCUGGAGGAGGAUGGCAAACUCUACCUGUGUGUAUCCAGCCCCACCAUCAAAGACAAGCCUGUCCAGAUUCGCCCGUGGAACCUGAGUGACAGUGAUUUUGUGAUGGACGGCUCUCAGCCGCUGGACCCUCGCAAGACCAUCUUUGUAGGAGGAGUUCCUCGUCCACUGAGAGCUGUGGAGCUGGCCAUGAUCAUGGACCGCCUGUAUGGUGGAGUGUGUUACGCGGGCAUUGACACGGAUCCAGAGCUGAAGUACCCAAAGGGGGCGGGGCGUGUGGCCUUCUCCAAUCAGCAGAGCUACAUCGCUGCCAUCAGCGCCCGAUUUGUCCAGCUGCAGCACGGCGACAUCGACAAACGGGUGGAGGUGAAGCCGUAUGUGCUGGACGACCAGCUGUGCGACGAAUGCCAGGGAGCACGUUGUGGCGGAAAGUUCGCCCCGUUCUUCUGCGCCAAUGUCACCUGUCUGCAGUAUUACUGCGAGUUCUGCUGGGCGAACAUCCACUCCCGCGCCGGACGCGAGUUCCACAAGCCGCUGGUCAAAGAGGGAGCCGACCGUCCCCGCCAGAUCCACUUCCGCUGGAACUAAAGACGGGAGAGCCAGGCGGGGAGAAAAAAAAAAGAUGCUUAGUUUGGCCCCCGAACACAAGCUGUCAGUAUAGAGUACUCAACCGUAUACAGUAUAUAGAGAAUAUAUAUGACUAUAAAUAUAUAAAUAUAUCUUUAUCUUUUGUAGCAGCCAGAAACACUACAAGCCUCAGUUUAUUUCACCAAACCACUUCUUUCUCCUCCCUCCCUGUGCAUCUCAGGCUCGGAACAGAGUUUUUGUGGUACCUUCGUGUUUUUUAAAAAGGAGAUUAAGACAAAAAAAGAGAUUGAUUUUUUGUAGUUUUUUCAAAUUAUUUUUAUAUGUGAGAUUUAAAAAGUAGAAAGGAGAAUGUUUUCGCUUGGGGGGGCAGCCUGUCCGUACUGUUCAUUUGUUCUGUCCGUUCUGUGUCCGUCUGCUGCUAAAUCCCCCCCCUCCCCAGUGGGCAAAGUGCGCAAUUGUCUCUGGAAAACCCUUGAUGAUGUAAUCUCUGAUGCCUGCCCUGGACCUCAAACCAAAGGUAGCAAAACGCGCGGCCUGAAAAUGAGACGUUUGCCGCCAAAUACUAAAAAAAGAGAGUAAUAUUUCCCCCCCUCCCCGAUGUUUUCGCUCCAAUGUGCUCUUAGCAGGAAUAGGAAUGAUUCAAUAAUGAAUUACUGAGACUUUCCAUUUUCCACUGGCAAAAAAGAAAAAAAAGAAAAAAAGACAAUACCUCAGAAUAUUAAUCUGGCUUGUUAUUGCUCUACUCUUGCAAUUUAAUCACAAGCUAUAGAAGAAGCUUUGCUGCUAUAUAACGAAUAGAUAGUGUCGGCGUUCUAUGAAACGCCAUUGUGACGUCACAGGCGACGUCACACACAGAAAUGCAGUCCGUUCCCUCUCGCACGACAUGAAAACACAGAAUGUGAAAUCUUUCGUGCAUGUUUGUGGCUGUACAUCAUUUGCAUGCAGUGUAAAGGUUACCAGCACAUAUAAGAAAGAAAAAAAAAAAAAAAAAAACAUGAUGCAUAUUAACGAUAAACAGAGGAAUUUAUGUAGCAUGAGGCGAAAAAGACUCGUAGAUAUAAGAUAAUCAAUACUAAUAACGAAAGGAGAAAAAAAACAGUGUAAAAUUCUUCGUAAAACCUUUGCAUGCGUUGUUGUGAUGAUUCCUUUACGAACUUAUUACGAGAGAAGUGACGUUAGUUUUUAGAGUAGUGAGUUCCGCCAUUUUGUAACUCGAUAAUUAGUCAAGAGACGGUGUGCUGUCCUGUGGUUUUCGUGUCUUGUCUUCGUGCAGUGUGAGUCUAGUUAUGAAUUGAGGUUUCAGUUCGAUUUAAACUCUACGAUCUAGAGGAUCGACAUUUAACCUUUGCCCUUCCAGAACACCCCUGAACCCCUCUCAUUACGACAGUCGCUCGAGCACAGCUCUCAUGUAUGUAGUUUGUAGGAAAUGGCGAAGGAACCGUGACCUGUGGUCGUUGUCUGUGUGUGGGCGGAGCCUAGCUCCGCAUUUUCUAGUAGAUUCUCCGGACAAGAACAGACGUGGAGAAAAGAGAGGAGAGAGACGUUAGAAAAGGAAGUCUGUCGGUCUCAUGGACAAUCUCUACAGAAGCACCGGCCCUUUGGUACUGUACUGUUCUUUCUGUUUUGCACUCUAUAUAUCCUUGUGUUCUCGGGUUUGGUGAAGAAUCCAGUGCCCUCGUCGUACUGUCGCGUAUGUGAUUUAACCUUUCACGUGUCAACGGUGAGCUGCGACUGUGUGUUUUAUUUAUUGCGUAUAUAUAUGUGUAUAUUUAUUUGUUGACGUGUCCCAGACUCUCGAGGACACGUGAUGCACUACCUUUUUCGAUUUCUCUCCUCUCAUUUCUCCUCUGAGAGAACCAAUCCCUCUUUCCCUGACGUUUGGAGUCGAACGCAAAACAGUCUCUUUUAUUUUAUUUUAUUUUAUUUUAUUUUGUAUCACGAUCACUUUUUUUUAUGUACUGUGUCAUUGUAGAAGAAUUUUGACCUAUUUUAAGCCUAUUGGAUAAUUUAAAUAUCUUUAUUUUUGCAUAGUAACUUAUUUGAUGUAUUGUGUAAGACGCUGGACCCAGAUUACGGCGAUCUGCUCUGAAUAAGUAGCGAACGGAAGGAGAUCGCCGUUUGAACGCCGAGCCGUUCGUUCUCCGUGUUCAACACUGUUGCUUCGUACGUGUAUGUGUGGGUUUUCGUUGAAAAAUCAUAUUUAUUUGACUAUUUUUGUAGACAGAUAACUAUUUGAUUUAAAUUGUAUUUUUCUAUUUCUGUAGACCUCUGACUCUCACUUGAUUUGCCCACGUAUUUAUGGUUACGUUCACACGCAAAAGGCCGUUUCUUGAAUCAUCAUCAUCAUCCGUGCAGUUGUGUGAGUGUGUGUAUGUGUGUAUGAAUCUAUUUAUGUAUUAUUGCUUAGCACACAUGGAUUUGAUUACUAUUUAAGUUGGUGGUGUAGUUUAUUUGAAGGAAGGAAGCAUUCAUGGAAAACACUUGAGACUCUCCCUGGUUAGAUGGAGGGUAUCAGCCCUCCCCUCACUGAUACUCAGAAACUUGAAUAUAACACAUUUUGAAAGGCUUACUAACCUCGAAUCUGUGUUGUGACGUGCAAUACUGUUUCUAAUGUUUGUAUAAAAAAGUGAGAAUUGCAGUGUAUACCUUUUUAAUGCAGAUUUAUUUUUUUCAUUGCAUAUUUUGCAAAUUUCUGAUUCACAGUGUCAUUUUUUACUGUCAGAAAAGAUGAAACCCCUUUUUUUCAUUGCAACUAUUUUUAAAUCCAGAUAUCUUUGUACUGAUGUAAAUGAUUGUAGUUAUUUUGGAUAGUGUUUUGCUAACAAAAGGAGAAACUUUUUCAUGCAUAUUUCUAUUUCUUUUGUGUUUGUUGGUUUGUUUCUUGUUUUUUUGUUUGUUUGUUUUUUUUUUUGUUUUUUUGUUUUUUUAUUUUACUCUAAUAGUAGCGAAAUAUUUGGGAUAAUUUUUCAUAUUAUAUGUCAUUAAUAUUAUUUUGUAUUUUUAUGUGGAAAGAUAUGAAUAUAUAAUUUUAUGAUGCUAACUGCUAAAAUAUUAUUUCAAUUUGAAUUAUUUUUAAAGCUAAAAUCUUUGUAAUAAUGUUAAUGUUCUAGUUUCUAAAUCAAGUUUGUGUAUAGAUUCACACAAGUGGUUUAUGAAGUGUUCAGACUGUAAUUAUUACUGAAUGGCUCUUUGAUAUGCAAACUGAAUAUCAUGUUGUUCCUUAUUUUGAUUUGUUUUGUAUUUAAAUGGGGUGUUGAUUACAAUCUUUUUCUUUCAUUUCCUGAAUAAAGACCCAUUCUGUUCAGACACAA